UGGCAAGUCUUGGAGCACAGUAGACAAUUUAUAUAGUCCGAACCAAAUCCUGCUGAGUUAGGUUUCUGCAGUGUCAGCAUAAAGGCCACUUUAGUCUUUCCCCAACUAAUAUAAAACGAUACAACAUUUUACAGUCUGCACUGGCUCCAUAUCAAUGAGACCGGAUAUUGACGUGCAUCUUGAUGUCUCCUGAACUUUAAAAUACAACAGCUCAACAGCUCUGUCAUUGCCUGAGCUCUCCCAUUCUGAUAUGAAAAAUACACUCCCUGUUUACUAUGACCACUCCACUCACAGUGGCACGCAAGUGUUCAACUUUCCAACAUCCUAUAUUUUGUGAUCAUAGUAAAAAAAAAUAUAUAUAUACCUCUGACAUACCUGCUCAGUGAUUGGUUUUCAUGUUUUCCCUGGUCUUCAAGUUCCAAUCUUGCUUGGCUCGCCUCGGCUGAGGCUCCAUAACCCCAGCAUCGACUGGACCGUGUCCAAGAGCACCUCAUGGAGCAAUUUCUGUCAUGAGAACUGCCCGCGAGCUGCUGCGGUGACCCCAAGUGGCCGAAGUCGGAGUAAACCCUCAAUUUACCAUGCCCUUGCUCCAGUAUUCAGCAAACACCAUGCCACUUCUCUACUCCCUCACAGGCCUUACGAUUGAGCUAUUGAACUACAGCCCGGUGCACCGCUACCUAGCGGCCGUCUUUUUAACAUCUCUCGUCCUGACCGGGAGGCCAUGGAGACCUACAUCAGCGAGUCAUUGGCCGUAGGUAGUAUCCGGUGGGGGCAGGCUUAUUUCUUGUGGACAAAAAAGACCAGACCCUCCGUCCAUGUGUGGACUAUCGUGGCCUUAAUAACAUCACCAUUAAGAAUAAGUACCCCUUGCCCCUGAUUCACUCUGCCUUUCCCCCCAUUCACGGGGCAAGAGUUUUCACCAAGUUGGAUCUGCGCCUGGCCUACCACCUUGUCCGCAUUCCAGAGGGAGACGAGUGGAAGACAGCAUUUAACACCCAUAGAGGGCACUACGAGUACCCCGUUAAUGCCUUUCGGCCUGACCAAUGGCCCUGCUGUCUUCCAGGCACGAGUCAAUGACGUCCUGCGUGACAUGAUCCAAAAAUGUGUUUUUGUGUACCUGGAUGACAUCCUGGUUUUCUCCCGUUCCGUCGCAAAUCACGAACGACAUGUUCGACAAGUAAUUCAGAAACAAGCUCUUUGUUAAAGCGGAAAAGUGUGAGUUCCAUGUUCCAAAGACCACCUUUUUGGGUUACGUCAUUGCUGAGGGGCAGCUUGAAAUGGACCCAGCCAAGAUAGCUGCAGUCACCGAGUGGCCGACGCCAUCCACAAGAAAGGAGCUGCGGCGAUUCCUUGGCUUUGCCAACUUCAUUCGAAACUGCAGUCGGGUGGCAGCAGCCCUCGCUGCGCUCACAUCAGCCCUAACGUCCUUCUACUGGUCUGAGAAGGCCGACAUGACCUUCUGUGAGCUAAAGAAACUUUUUUCCUCAGCUCCUAUCCUCGUUCAUCCGGAGCCACAGAGGCAGUUCAUAGUUGAGGUCGAUGCAUCAGAGGCGGGGGUUGGUGCGGUGCUGUCUCAGCGAUGGUAAGGUCCACCCUUGCGCCUUCUUUUCUCGCAAGUUGUCUCAGGCGGAGAAAAAUGAUGGGAUCGGCGACCGGGAGCUCUUGGCGGUGAAGGUGGCGUUGGAAGAAUGGCGGCAUUUCCUGGAAGGCGCCCAUUCAUCGUGCGGACCGACCACAAUAAUUUGGACUACAUCCGCUCUGCUAAGAGGCUGAGGUCCCGUCAAGCCAGUCUGAAUCCUACGCGGAGAAACAAGAUUGAAAAGAGUACUUCCUCCUUUGCCAUUGUUGAACUUAUCCAUUACGAGAAGUGAGAUGAACUUGGAUGAAAUUCAGACAAAGAAAAGCCAUACAUGGUGGUAAACCCCCUAAGACAAAGAGAGAGAAAUUCCCAAGAUGAAGCUGGGGUCUUCCCCAGUCUCUUCUCUUCUCUUCAUAAGGUGGAUGCGAACGAUGUACACUGACAGACCCAAGAAGGUUUAAACGCACCCACUUGACGAUGACUUGUCGCCUUCCUCUGUCUGUGUUGGCGACGCUGCUCGUAGCUGUCACUUUGACUGAAGGUUUGCGAGGUUCUGGACCGAAGGGCUGCUGCUAUCAUUUCAACGAGAACCCUAUUCUCCCAAAAAGAGUAGUCCGUUAUGUUAGGACUCCUCAGCAGUGCCCCAUCGCCGCUGUGAGACUGAAGACCGUGAUGGGUCGUCACAUGUGUGCGAGGUCUUCGGCCUCGUGGGUGAAAGACCUCAUCGACCGUAUUGAUGCCAAAGUAAUCCUAGGAAAGACAACUAACUUGUAACCUUCACUACACCCCGAACCGACUGUAUUUUGAAUAUAUUCUGGAAAUGGAAAGUGUUUGAUGAUGAUUACGCCGAGGCUGAAAUCAUUUUGCUAUUAUGUCAAAGUAAAAGAGAUGAAUAAAUCAAUCCAAAAGUGGCUCACAGCUUGGAAUCAUUCUCGCUG